CUGUUUCACUACAUUUCCUCUCCUUGUCAUCUUCGCCAAAACAAUGUCUACUACUUUCAAAUUCGUAGUCUUCAUUGGACUUCUCAUCACAAAUACUUUUCAAGUAUCAUUUUCCUCUGUUAUUUCAACCGGAGAUUUCAACAAGGACUUCUCUGUAGCAUGGUCUCCGAGCCAUGUAUACACCACUGCUGAUGGCAGGACAAGAAGCUUGAAACUAGACCAAGAAUCUGGAUCUGGUUUUGCUUCGAACCAGAUGUUCUUAUUCGGGCAGAUUGAUAUGCAAAUAAAAUUAGUACCAGGUCAUUCAGCAGGCACAGUUGUGGCAUUUUAUCUCUCAUCGGAUCAACCUAAACGUGAUGAGAUAGAUUUUGAAUUCCUUGGAAAUGUGAGUGGCCAACCAUAUAUUCUUCAAACAAAUGUUUAUGCUGAUGGGAAUGAUGAUCGUGAAGAGAGGGUUUAUCUCUGGUUUGAUCCAACAAAAAACUUCCAUACUUAUUCGGUCUUGUGGAACCUUCACCAAAUUGUGUUCAUGGUGGAUUGGAUUCCUAUCAGACUUUACAGAAACCAUGCAGACAAAGGAGUAGCAUAUCCUAGGUGGCAGCCGAUGAGCAUCAAAGCCAGCCUAUGGAACGGCGACAGCUGGGCAACACGAGGCGGGAAAGACAAAAUUGAUUGGUCAAAGGGUCCCUUCAUAGCUUCCUUCAGGAAUUAUAAGAUCGAUGCUUGCCCUUGGAAUGGAAAUCCAAGGUUUUGUAGGGCAGAAAGCUCUACUAAUUGGUGGAACAAGGAAAGAUAUAGCACUUUAACAUCUACACAAAGAAGGUGGUUCAAGUGGGUCAGGUUGCACCACAUGAUCUACGACUACUGUCAAGAUAACAAGAGAUUCCAAAAUAACCUCCCAAAAGAAUGUUCUCUUCCUAAGUACUGAUAGAAAACGAGUUAUUUAUUUGUCUUUCUUCUUAUAAUUUGCUUAUCAUUAAAUGUUAUUGCCUAAAUAACAACUUGGAAGGUUUCGAAUUCUUGGUGAAA